CUGAUCACCAGUCCUUCGUUUCGUAACCCCCCCAUCCCAAUCAGAGUCUUCCUUGCUGGGAGGCAUACACACCUCCCCUGUCUAAUUUGCCGCAAAUCAGUUGGGUUUUCGUAGCCACUAAGUCUUGUUGACUUGCUAAUCCACGAGAGUGUUCGUUUCGUCACGGAUGACAGCCACAAGAAUUUAGUGUCAAACUGUCUGUAUACAGACUUCGCUGGACAUUGUAAAAAUACUUUCGUUUCGUGCUGAAUCCUCAGUUAAAGUUGCUGGUUUAAAGUUUCGUCACCGAGUUGUUCGGAUGAGUCGCGGGUUUGACUCCAUUAGUUUGCACUUUCAACACAAACGCCGUUGUCAGCAGUACAGCUUCAUAAUGCAUGAACGGUGUGGAACUAAGAAAAAGAAUCGGAAAUCAUUCAUGGAUACUAUUAUGCCAACUUAUGCGAUGACAUCUAAAGGCAAAAGCAGGGCAGCAUUACCAACGCCAGGCAGACAGUCAGGUGCGCCACCACUCCCAGCACGAAGGGUGGCACCACCUCCUCCACAGCCAAGUGCAGAAGAGGAGGAAUCAGAUGACGAUGUCAAUUAUGAAGAACCAUCAGCCCAAACUGAACAGAAUAUACCACAGGAGAUUUAUGAUGACUUUUCGGAGGACACAGAUGAUUUCCCCCCACCCUCUUCAUCCCCUCCCUUACCCCCACCCCCUUCUAGGUCAGCUCGUCCACUACCGGUGCCACAGGAAUCACAGGAUCUUUAUGAUGAAUUUGAUUUGGAGGCAGCUCCAGAAAUUAGCCCAUACAACCCGUCCAAGCAUGAAGAACAGGGAGAGAUUUAUGAUGAGUUUGAGGAAGUAGGAACAGAUGAAGUGUACGCGGACCCUGACGAGGAUAAUCCACCCCCACCUCCUCCCAGUAACUUCCCGAAGAAACCUGGUAAUAAAGCACCACCCCUUCCUCCCAUGGGGAACAGACGAGGAUCACAGCCACUGCCUCCACCCCCCAGGGCCACAAAACAUGAGGAUCUUCCACUUCCAGCACCUCCUAUUGAAGAUGAUAUUUAUGACGGCCCAGAUGACGAUGACCAGAAUUUAUACCAAGAAGAAGAUGAUGGUGUUCCCCCACCUCCACCUCCGCCAAAUGCAAACCGGGCCAAGGUCAUCAAACCACCCCCAAGGAAGGCACAUGACGAGAAGAAGGAGAAAAAGGUUGCUGCCAAUUCUCCAUUCGUGCCACAGAUCGGACUGUCUGCCCUGCAAGGUGCUAUUGGGAAGCUGAGGAAGGUCUCGGACGAUAGAACGGUGGACGACAAGAACAAGAAAAAUGAGAAAAACCAAGAUGAAAAAUCAAAAGAUAAAACAAGUAUGUUUUCGGAUGGGAGCAGAUCAGAAGAUUCAAAUAAUAACAAGAGUCCAGUCCCUGUAUUAAAACCCCUCAAACCCAAACCCGAAAUUCCCAAACUACCUGAAAUGAAAAAAGAAGAGAAAAGCUCUUCUGUUUCCAACAUUACCAACAGGUUUGGAGGCGUUAAGUCAUUGGUUAGCGAUAUGAAUUCAAGGCCAGACCUUCCAUCCAAACCAAAACCGCCCGCUAAAACGAAAGAUAAAGAAGAAAGUGGGGUGAAGACUGUCAUUCUUCCGAAGCUGCCCCCGUCGAUACCUACAGUGACACCUACAGUGGAGGUCGUGUCCCUCCCUACGUACGAGGACGAUGAUGAGGAAAUAUAUGAUGAUGCACAGACUGCUGAUCUGGAUCCGUUGUCGAAGUACGCCUGGUAUCAUGGGAAGAUAAAUCGUACAGAUGGCAACGCACGACUUAAAAGCGUAGGAAUGGAUGGGACGUACUUGGUGAGGAAAAGUGAUAAGGACCCAAAUCAACCAUACACAAUGCAGGUGCUGUUUGAGGACAGAGUCAACAACCUCAAAGUUCGACUUCGAGAAGACAAACGCUUUGCACUUGGGGAGGCCAAGCCAAAUGAAAUUACAUUCAAAGAUGUGCUGGGCAUGAUCACUCACCACAAAGUACAUCCAGUUUUGCUGAUUGGUGCACAACAAGGGGAGAUCACUCUCAGGGAGACACCCAAGAAGAACUAGGACAAGAUCAAAGGGACAUCACUCUCAUCACUUCCCUGACUAAUCUUUACAAAGAAAUUGCAACAAAAUAAAUAAUUGAUGUCUGUGAAGCAUCAAUAGUAUGUAAAUCACAUUGUACACUCUGUAUAUAUCAUUAAUGAUUAUAUAUAUUGAAAUAGAAAGACAAAACCCUUUCCACUUUCAUCAUUUCAUAAAUGCUUCAAGUCUAUUACUACAUGCUAAGAAAUUUGCUCUUUAAUACAUAUAUGCAAUGGCUUUGAAUCAAUUAGGAAAUAUUUAUUGAAGAGGUCCAGUCUGGUUGUAGUAUUGCGUGUCCAUGCAUGUUGAGUGCUAUUUUUGUUUUGUAUAUAAAGCAUAUAUAUAUUUGUACUGCGAAGUCCCUGUGAAGUUUGUUAUGACUGGAUCAUUUGUCAAUCAUGUUUUCACAUAUUUCAUGUUGUUGUCUCUACAAACAUAAUCUCAAUAUAUUUUUAAAAAUCAUUUUUGUAUAGCAAGGUAAUCAUAAUUAAUGUGGAGCAUCAUCAAAGGAUUAUCACACUCAUUUAGCUUCUGAAACUGUAGAUGUGAAAGAAAAAGUGGUGAAAGUUUGACAUUGCAUUUUUUCAUGAAAGUCAUUUCAGAUUUUUAUUGUUUCAUCAUUAAUGGGAUCAUGAUAAAAAGUAAGUA